AUGAAUUUAAGACAGUUUGUAAAGUUACAAUUACUUUUAAUAUUUCUUAAUUUGACUUCAAUAGUACGGCAAGUGAGUUCAAAGGCCGGCAAUAAUAUUGAAGAUUUUGAGAAUUUUGAUAAUGAAAUUGAUGUGAACGAUCAAAGUGCUGAAGCAAAAACACGCAAUGCGAUGUCAUCGCCAUUCACACGUUGGCCAAAUCGUACAAUUGUCUACAAAAUAUCUCAAAACUACACAAAUGAAGAAAGGCAGACUGUGCGGAAAGCACUCGAUUUCUUUAAUAAAAAUACGUGUCUAAAUUUACGUGAAUAUAGUCCGUCAAGGGAUGGAAGUCGACGUUAUUUACACUUUACACGCUCUGAUCAAUAUUGUGGCACACGUGUGGGAUACAAUCCGUUAACGCCUUUCGGACCGCACGAUUUGACUUUAACACCAAAAUGCCUACAGAUGUCUGGAAUUAUACAACAUGAAACUAUGCAUGCAAUAGGUUUGUUUCACGAGCAGAGUCGAACUGAUAGAGAUGAGUAUGUGGAAAUCAAUUACGACAACAUACCCAGAAAAUUUUGGCCUCAAUUUAUGAAAUCGUCCAAUGCUAUUACAAGCACUUAUAAUAUAUCUUAUGACUAUAAUAGUAUGAUGCAUUAUUCUCAGUUUGCUUUUGCUAUAGAUCCAAAUGUGCCUACAAUUCUAGCAAGAGAUGGUGAAAAAUUAAUUAAUCGGACAAUGGGACAAAUUAUUGAACCUUCUGUUGCGGAUUUAACAAAAAUACGCAUUAUGUACAACUGCCCAAAGGACUAA